CAGCUGAACCAAACAAAUUAAAUAGCGAGUACUCAGGUGCUUCCAGGUGUUGCUAGCAGCCAACGUAACAUGGAUGCCGAUCAUACUCAGAAAGAAGAAAAGAUACUAGAACCGAAAGAGGAAGACAGUGACGUUGAAGACCAGUCUGUUGACCAAACUGCCGAUAUUGAGCAACAAUCAAUUGAUACUGAACAGUUUGAGAUUACAGGGGAGCAAGCAGAGGGUGCAAUUGCUGAACACGUGGAAGUUCAAGAGGAGGAGGAAGAGGAGGAACUUGAGAACGAACAACCAGACAUUGAAUAUAAAGAAGAAGACAGUACAGAUCAAGAGGAAGGUAGUGCGGAUGAGGAACAGAGGUUCAUUGAACCAGAGAAACUCGAAGAUACUGUCUUAAAGAAAGAAGAAGGAGAAGAUAACUUGAACGUACGAGGUGAAGGCGAUAGUCCCACUCCGGUACCAGUUAGGGUACGAGAGAUUAUAACACAGAAUCUCUCAACUGAAGAUCUCAGUUUUCCAGACAUGUCGUCACCAAAUGUGUCCCACUUGUCGGAGGAGAAUCGUAUGCUACAGAAUGAGCUGAGUCGGGUAGAAGAUCUGCUCUCGCAAAGCCGAGCUGAAAGAGACGAGAUGGCAAUCAAGUAUAACGCGUUGUCUGACAGAUGGGAGCAUAAAAUCCAAGGCGAUGUGUCGUCGGAAGAACCGGUCGAUCAAUAUCCGACACACGUACUUAAAAGAAGGGAAACAAGCCCCGCCCUCAUUUGGUCACCUGACCAACAUGGUGACAAGCUGUUGUCCCAACGUGCGAAGUCAUUGCAAGAUAUCACUAAGCCAAUGCUUGAUGUAGUGCAACCGGGCCGUCCGAGGACACUUUCUACCGGUGGAGUUAGUAGUAAUGGAGGGGGUGAUGAAACUAAAAAGAAUAGCACAGAGGUCCCCGACAAAAAUGUCAAUGAAAGUAAACAAAAUGGCACAGAGAAAGAUGAGCUUUCCGAAACACCAGAAAAAAUCACAAUAGCUGAAAAACUAGAUGACCAUACAUACGAUACUGCCGUUAAAGCCGUUCAGACCACCACAGUAAUGAAACCGUUCGAAUACAAACGUAGUGAAACUUCGUGGAAGGAUUACCGGACACCAACCUCAGAAUAUGAUAUGCCGGUGACGUCAUCUGGCAGUCUAGUUUACCAUAUAAAUCAUACAACUCAACCGCCAUUACACCACUCAGGAGUUAUACCCCACCAGCGCCUUAUAAAAAGCAAGUUUUGCAGUACAAGAGAAAAUGUGGUGAGUUGGAGAACCAGAUGUCUGAAAAAUACGCUGAAACCGAGCGGCAUCAAUAUAGGAGGAGGAACACAGCAUGAUUUGGAGAGUGCGCUGAUCAAGCUGGAAGAGGAACAGCAAAGGAGCGCUAGUCUAGCCCAUGUGAACUCUAUGCUACGUGAGCAGCUAGACCAGGCAACUAUGGCCAACCAGCAGUUGACUGCUGACAUCAACAAGCUCACUCAGGAUUGGCAGAGAGCACGGGAAGAGCUGGAAGCUAAGGAGCGUGAAUGGCGUGAUGAAGAACAGUCUUUCAAUGAUUACUUCGCAAACGAACAUAGUCGCUUACUGACAAUGUGGAGAGAUGUGGUCGGUUUCAGACGUACAUACUCCGAAAUGAAAAGUGCAACUGAUAGAGACCUGUCUCACCUCCGUGCUGACAUAACCCGCAUGUCUCGUAGUAUGCACGCAGCAUGUUUGAACUUGAACGCCAACCAACGUUCAACGGACGCUACCACCAACGUACAGCUGGAGAGAGAGCGUGCUGAGAAACAAGCUGUGGAAAAUCAACUGCGCGAAAAGGUCAAGGAAGUGUUGGAACUACAAUCUAAGUACGACACAGUCAAGGCUGAGAUGCAGGCUAGUCGUGCUCCUCGUUCCAUGUCUCCUGGUCCACGUACACUAUCACCAACAAGAACCAUAUCACCUACACGCCGUGCUCGCUCCAUCUCGCCAUCUAGACGUUCUCGCUCCCCGGCCUUUGCUGACUCCACUUAUGCGGCUGUUCAAGCAGCUCUACAAAAACGUCAACUUCAAGUUCGGGAAUUACACGCCAAACUGAGUUCUUCAAAGGAUCAAAGCAAUUCUUACAAGAAGCAGAUUGACGACAGUGAAUCUGAGCGACGCCAUGCCGAGGAACAAUGUAGACAUUUACGUGAAGAUCUUGACCUCAGCCGUCGUGAUACCGAAGAUGCCAAACGGGAUAGAGAUCGUGUGAGGAAUGCCCUGGAGGUAACAGCAAGAUACAGCGCCUCUGCUUCUGAAGCCCUGUCUAAGGCUGAGUUGAUUAAAGCCGAGCUGGAAUUGGAAAUCAACAAAGUGAAGACAGAGGAAGCUAGUCUGCGCGAUGCAUUGCUGAAAAUGCAAGCUUUGAACGAAGGAUUGGGUCAAGACAAAGUGGAACUCAACAAAAUCAUCAUGGUGUGUGAGAAGCUGCAAGCAGCUAACGCCGAUCUCCAGAGACAGCGUGACAACUUGGAAGACGAGAAAGACGAUGUGGAGAAAGAUUUGGAGCGUAACAAGAAGGAGAUUGAAAGACGCGCCAAUAUUAUCGACAACUACGAAGGAAAGAAUUCCACAUUGAAGGAAGAGAUUGUAGCUUUGAAGGAAGCGCUUAAUAAGGCUCUUCUGGAGAAAGAAGUGUUGGAACAAGAAAAGAGUGAAGUCUGUAACUUGAGAGCGAGAAGGCUAGUAUUCAUCUCAGAAAAGCAAGACUUGGAGCAAGAGAAAUGUUGCAUUCGUGAAGAACUGGUGCGCACCGAGCAAGAAAAGAUGGACACUGAGACCGAGAAAAUGGGAUUGGACCAGAGUUUGAACCAGGCUGAGGUCAACAGGGAGAAGUUGGAGGAUGAGAUCAGUGGAAUCAAUAGAGAGAAGGCAGAGAUCUUGAGCAACUGCAACAGCCGUACGAAGAAUGCCUUAGCUGAGGAGCUUCUGCAGACUCGCCGUGAGGUGGAACGUCAAAGUGAUACCGUUGUUCGUAUCGCUAAGGAGAAGGAGGAACUUACACGUGACAAGGCUAGCUUGAUUGUGCAACUGACUGCUGCCGAACGAGAGAACAGAUCUCAAUCUGAGGUCAUUGCGUCUCAGAAAUCAGACAAAGAAGCAUUGGAAGGUGCCCUGUACGAGUCUCAACAACUUGUAGCUAAGCUUGAAGCCCGCAAAGACCAGCUCGAAUGCGAAGUACAAGAACUGCAGCUUGCUAAAGAAGCUCUGAACGUUGACUUGGCUCGUGUGCGUAAGGAGAUGGAAAUUGAGAUCACGAAGAGAGACAGAGAUCUUGAACUGAUACAUGCUAAAUAUGAAGAAUUGGAACGCAGUAGCAGCGUUGCCCUCAAGCAGCGUGAACAGGCUCACGAGGAAGAUGUGGAGAGGUUGACCGGUGAAAGGGACUCUCAACGUCUUGCAAUGGAGAGCGAACGUGAGGAGGCAGUCACCCGCCUCACUGCCGAGAAGGACGAGUUAGUUGCAAUGUUUGGAGAAGAACGUGCUCAGUUGAACGAGGACAUCGCCAACAUCCAACACGAGAGAGAUGAAAGUCUGCUGAUGGCUGAGAAUGACAAGCAACAGGCUCUGUCUAUUGCACAACAAGAGAAGAACCAACUGCAGGAGAAACUGAACAAUGCUCAACACGACAUCAGCAACUUGUCUAUGGAGCUGGACCGCACCAAGAGAGAUGCUUUCAGCAAGGCGGAAACAGACAAGACUACCAUUAACGCCACUCAGUGUGAACUGAAGGAUGUCCGUGCCCGGUUCGAGGAUUCCAAUAUUUGUCAUGAAAAGGAAAUCAAGGAAUUGAACAACCAGAUCAAAGAAUUGAUUAAACAGAAAGAAGCUGGCCUCAGAGAAGUCGCUGAACUGAAAACUCAACUGAAAAUGGUUGAGGAAGCACGCGACGGCGUUCGCCAUGACCUUAUCGAGGCUCACCGCAGGAUUAGAGAAGGUGAUGAAAACCGUGAGAUGCUACGAAAAGAAAUCAUGGAUAUUAAACGUAUCUGUAAUGACGAAAUACACGAGAAAGAAGCCAUCCAGAAGACCAACGAUGAACUCCGUACAAAGGUUAAGAGAGUUGAAGGCGAUAAGAUUGUACUUAGCAGACACAUGGAAGACGGAAACCAAAAGAUUGCAGUUCUUGAGGAAUCCAAGGCAAGUGUCCAGAAAGAGGCUUCUGAUUUACGAUGCAGUCUGCGUGAAGUUGAAAAAUCACGUCUGGAUGCCCGACGUGAACUGCAGGACACACGUAGACAGGUCAAACUUUUGGAAGCUGAUCGUGCUAAGAAGGGCAAGGAAAUAAACGAUUUACAGGCUCGUGUUGCCAGGGAUGAAGAAAUUGCCGAAGAAAACCGAAGAGAAAACUUUGGUCUUAAACAGAAGCUUGUUGAAACUGAAACAAAUCGUGAUGGUGCUCGUAAAGAAGCCCAACAUCUUGCACGUAAAUUGAACGAACUUGAUGAAGAACUGAGACUGAAGGAGAAGGACUUCCAGAUGGCUUUGGAAGAUGCUCGAUUGCAGGAGAGGAAAUCUCAGGAUAGGAUUAGAUCUCUGGAAAACGGUCUGGAAAACGUUACCAUGGAAUGCGGUGAAAUGAAACUAAAACUCAGCGCUGCUGAAGGUCGUAUCAACGGACUGGAAGGACACUUAGCUCAGACUGAAGGUGCUAAACGUGAAGUUGAAUUCAAACUUGGAAGCUUACAUUCCACUUUGCGCCGUACUCUCGGAAUUGGUACCGGUGCUCGUAGUCCAAGCCCAAUGCCAUUCCGUGCACGUAGUCAAAGUCCACGUCGCCGUGCUCGCUCACCACUUGGAAAAGGUUUUGACAACACCUAUACUACCACUACAGAUGGCCGCGGAAGUCCCAUCCCACGUACAGGUUCACCAGAGAGAUCCCGUAGCCCACUGCGUAGCAUGUCACCAUCCCGUCUGGAACAACUGGUUGCUGAUAUCGACCCAGAGACUGUGCGCAUUGCAUUGAGAGACUUUGCUCAACAGCUGAAGGAGACAGAAAGAGAAAAAGAUGAAUCUAUCAGUAAAGUUCGUUCCUUACAAGAAGAGAUCCGCGAAAUGGAGGAGGAACGCAACCGCACCGAACAGCGUUUACAACAAUUACAGAAGAAUCUUGGUGAGACUGAAGAAAGCAAACGUGGCUCCGAUGGCCGGCUUAGCAGUGCACAGACUGCCCUCAUGCUGCAGGAAGAAACCAUUCGUCGCAACGAACGUGAGCGAAGAGGACUAUUAGAGAAAGUACACACUUUGGAACGCACUCUGCAAGCAGCUGAAGUCGACAAGCGUAGCCUGCAAGAUAGAAUCAACAAACUCACACAAGCUGAAGCUAAGCUGGAAAACGAGAAGCGACAAUUGCGCGAGACUCUAGAGGCAUCGGACAACCGUUCUACUCAACUGGAGUUGAAACGCCGUUCAUUGGAAGGUGAUCUACAGCGUAUGCAGCUCUCUAUGAACGACAAAGUAACCGAAAACCAGGUAUUACAAGACCGUAUUGAUCACAUGGUUCGUCAAAUCCAAGACUUGGAAAGCAAGAACACCUCCUUACAGCUGACAGUUGAUCGUUUAUCUCUGAGCCUUGCUAAGACCGAAGAAGGAGAAAAUGAUCUCAAGGAUAAGGUACAAUCACUCUCAAUGUCCUUGAGUGAGCAAGACAUGACUGGAAAAGAAAUGCAGGAACGCAUUGCCCAGUUACAGCACGCUUUGACUAGCAGUGAGCACGACCGUAGAGUCUUACAGGAACGUCUUGAUGCCGCAAGACAGGCCGCUUCUGAAUCCAAGAAACAGAACCAUCAACUGAUGGAGCGCGUACAGUUGUUCCAGGGUGACCAAUCUGAGAGCGAAGUACGACGAAUGGAAUUAGAAGGACAACUCCGUGGUGCUCAGACAAUGAUCAAGCAACGACAAGAGGCCGAAGAGGAAGCCAUGGCACGUAUGCACAGACUACAAGAAGAGAAAAGGAACCUCCAUGAGCGUGUUACUACCUUGCAGCGUGCAUACGCUCAUUUAGAAGCUGAGAAACGUGAAAUUGAACGUGGUGCCGGUAGAUUGGAGAAAGAUAAGACUGCAUUAAAGAAGACACUGGCAAAGGUUGAGAAUGAAAAGAUUCGUAGUGAGGAGGAAGCUCUGAGAGCUUCGGCUGAUAGAGGGGCAUUUGAUAGAUCCUUGUCAACCUUGGAAACUGAAAACAACGAAAUGCAGCGACAGAUCCAAGCUAUGCAGGCCACAUUAGCUGAAACUGAACAACAACAUGCUCAAAGAUUGAUUGAUCUGACCACCCGUCACCGUCAGGAAGCCGGUAUGGAAGUUGAACGUCUGAAGACUUCACAGAUUCAAGCCGAAAGAACUCUAGAAGCACGCGAGCGGGCUCACAGACAACGUGUCAAGGGGCUUGAAGAACAGAUCAACACGCUGAAAGAUCAGUUGUCGCAAGAGAUCCGCAAACGCCAACAGUUCAUCUCUCGUAGCGGCCGUGCUAGCGAUGACAUCCGUGAUCUGAGAUCUAUCCUGAAUGAUUCUUUGAACACUGUUGCUCGCGACCCUUCUCUUGACCCCGUGCUGCUGGAACACGAAACCAGGAAGUUGGACGAAUCACUCGGGUACAUGACUGGACACUCUCCACCGACCAGUUUGUCAUCAAGUCCAUCUUUGAAACGCCGUACAAGAAGUAGUUCCCCAAUGCGUCUCGGCCGUACACAAUCCACUCCACUAUCAGGUGUCAAAUCACCCCACGGCAGAAGAACAAUAACCAGUCCUAUCCCACUUUCCUCUCGUUCGCGCAAGUACUAGGAAUCCACCUUUUAAGCUAAAGAUCAUAUUGGUGCUGUUUUCUAAUGACCACCCGUUCAAAAAAAAGCUGCAAGGUUAAGUUAUUGUCCACCUGUUGUACUGAAAUAUAUAAACCAUUGGUUGCCCCUGGGUGGAUGAAUUUUUUUUUUUUUUAUUUGGGUGAUUUUUUUUAUCAUUUCGAUAUUAUUAGUUUACUUGACCGCUUCAUGAUUGGUCUGUAUUUUGGAAGCGAUGUUAAUUUCACUAGAGGAAAUUUGAAUUUCGUUAAAAUGCUGAAAUACAAUCUAUGAAUGUUGGCGGAAAGUUCAGAUUGAUUCUGACAGGAAUUUCAAUAAGCUUUCCAGUAUUACAGAACAGUAUUACCUAAUCUUCCCAGCAUUCUUUAGUUACUUCUUUAUUCAAGACCUGGUUUGGCGUUUUACGUGUUUUUUUAUGGGACACUAUGUUCUUAUGCCUGUUGACUGGUCCCUUCCACCCCUAUUGCUUUGUCAAUGGUACAUUCCAUCCAUUAUAAUCACUUGACAUUCACACCAAGGUAUGGGAGUGGGACGGAACCUUUUUCUGUGUGUUCUUUUUUUUUUUAUUUUAAUCCUGUUUACAGUUUUUUUAGUGAUGUGUUAUUAAUUAUAUUAAUUCUUGUUGAGAAACCUGGUGUUUCGGAACCCGAUUUGAGGCAUGGCUUUACUUAUUGUAUCUAGCAAAAUUGUACUGUAAUAUUUUGUGAAAAUUUAGAUUUUAUUUCUAAUAUAACCCAGUUACAUAUUUUUUUAGUAGUUUGUAGAAAUGGAUGAGAAUGUAAUUAACCACUAGUGCUUUCCGGAUGGAUUGACAGUGGAUUUAUUUUAUCCUAAAAGACCAAAGUUCUACAUAUCCUGUACACUCUGUAAAUUGUUUUUAACAACUAUUAUUAUAUUAAGCAAUAGUAAUGUGAUUAAUUAAUUGAUUCCAAUGAUUCUGCAAACUUGCAUAUUGGAACAAACUUCAGGAAUUGUGGAUGCUGUGGAGCGUUUCCCAGACAACCACCUCGAAGAGCUUAAAAUGUAAAUCUUGAAAUUUCUGUUAUCACAGAGAAAUAUUCCCUUCUAUUUUGUUCCUAUUUGCAGUGGUAUGCAUUCCGUAUUUCGAUAUGUGUAUAUUUGUAUAGUUAGUGCGAACAUAUUAACCAAUAAAAUUGGUUUCAAAUUAAAUUAAUUGAAAAAGAAUCGAAUGUAAUUAGAUUUGUAUCAUAAUGCCGUCCAGAUGCAGAAUAAAGAGUAAAAUUAUUAAAAGACGUAAUUAAUUGAACCAUUUUUCCCCACAAAUUAUGAUAAUAAUUAAUUUAGUGAUUUUACUUUUCUAAAUUGAGAUGUAAGAUCUUUCUGUAAAUGACAUUGUAAAUAAGACCACAAUUUCCAACUAGACUGGUUUUCUGUAUAGAACUGCAGCCGAAACGUUUGUGAUGAUAAUUUUGUACAGUAAAGUCUUAUAAGGCACGGAUUUGUCAGAGUGCUGAAAGACUUGGAAAGAUGUGUAUAGAUAUGUUUAGCCCACCAACCCAGCAGUUGUAACCCUAUAUGGGUUAAUCUAUUCUACAGGGGGUGGACAGGUUUGAUAUAGAUGGGCUGAGAGUAACAAUAUGGUUAUUAUUGUAUGUUUCGUGUUCAUAGAAGAUCCAGUUUACAAUGUGAUCACAUUUAGGUAAUGUGUAUUUUUAAAACAAAAAAAAAUGAAAGAAAGUUUUUAUCAUACAAGAUUCCAGAAGACAUCAUUAUUGUGUGUAAGAAUGUAUUUUGUCUGUGGUGUUCCGUAGCCUUACUACUAAUGUAAAUCACUUCUAUAUUGUAUCAACUCAAAUUGAAAUAAAAAAUGCACUGUUUGCUUUUAACUUAA